GAGUGUCAUGAAUUCAAUAAACCUAUGCUACUGUCUAGAUUCAGUUCACCGGGUGAGGCUGUGCCAGUGCAGGUGUUAGAGAAUUCUGUAAGCAAUCCAGAAGUCGUGUUCGGUCAAGCAAGCCCAGACAUUGCUUUGAAGGAGCCUGAGACUGUCCGGAAGUACUUCCCUGAGACAUGGAUCUGGGAGCUGGUUCCAGUUGGGGAGUCUGGCUCAGUGGAGAUUACACACACAGUCCCGGACACCAUCACAGAGUGGAAGGCAGGGGCGUUCUGCACAUCUCCUCUGGGAUUUGGUAUGUCGCCCCCAACUGGGCUCACAGCAUUCCAGCCCUUCUUCGUGGAGCUCACUCUACCCUACUCCGUCAUCAGAGGGGAACAGUUUGAACUGAAGGCCACUGUCUUCAACUACCUGUCCCAGUGUAUCAUGGUGAAGGUCAGCCAUGCAGAGUCUUCCCAGUUUCAGAUGACGCCCUGUGAAGGGUGUGAGUACACGACCUGCCUGUGUGCCGACGAAGCCCGGACGUUUCGCUGGGCUUUCAUCCCCUCGGCUCUGGGUGAGGUGAAUGUGACAGUCAGCGCUCAGGCUCUUCAGACAGACACUCUGUGUGGCAAUGAAGUGGUGGCUGUCCCUGAGAGAGGCCGCAUUGACACGGUCAUCCGCAAACUACUGGUGGAGGCUGAAGGAAUAGAACAGACUGUUACCCAGAAUGCACUGAUGUGUCCAGGAGGGAGUGCUGUGAAGGAGCAGAUGUCCUUGACGCUGCCAGAAGUGACCGUGAAUGGAUCAGCUAAGGCUUCCUUGUCGGUUCUCGGGGACCUGCUGGGCCGGGCCAUGCAGAAUCUGGACCGGCUCCUUGCCAUGCCCUUCGGCUGCGGAGAACAGAACAUGGUGCUCUUCGCUCCCAACAUCUACAUACUGAAAUACCUGCAGGGGACCAGGCAGCUGACUGAGGAGAUCAAAGCCAAAGCUACAAGAUUCCUGGAGAGUGGUUACCAGCGGGAACUGAACUACAAACAUGAAGAUGGCUCCUACAGUGCCUUUGGGAAGAGCGAUGACUCUGGAAACACCUGGUUGACAGCCUUUGUCUUGAAGUCGUUUGGCGGGGCGCUGCCCUUCAUUUACAUUGACCCCAGACAUAUCAAGGACGCACAGGACUGGUUGGGCCGCCACCAGGAAAAGAAUGGCUGUUUCAUGAGCGUUGGAAAACUCUUCAACAACAACAUGAAGGGGGGAGUCGGGGACGAAGUGUCGCUGACAGCCUACAUCACUGCCGCCCUGCUAGAGGUGGAGACCCCUCUCACUGACCCCGUGUUAAACAGCAGUCUGGCUUGUCUGAGGUCUGCGGCCGACAAUAUAAGCAACACGUACACCACAGCACUUCUGUCCUACACCUUCAGCCUGGCAGGAGACCAGGAGAUGAGAUCAAAACUGCUCACUGAGCUGGAAGAGCAAGCACACAAGACAGAUGGCUCCCUGCACUGGUCACGCUCCAAACCCGAUUCUAGCAGGAGCGACUCUCUGGAAGUGGAGAUGACGGCCUACGUGCUGAUGUCUGUUCUCUCUGCACCCCAGCCGUCUGCCUCCGAUCUCAGCUAUGCUUCCCGGAUUGUCAAGUGGCUGGCUUACCAGCAGAACCCUUACGGAGGAUUCUCAUCCACGCAGGACACAGUGGUGGCUCUGCAGGCCCUGGCUCGCUACAGUGCCCUGGUCUUCUCCCCAGAGGGCUCCAGCACUCUCACAGUGCGUUCUAAAAGGGGCUUCAUGAGACAGUUUCACCUGGACCAGAGCAACAGGCUGCUCUACCAGGAGGAGCCACUGCAGGAAGUCCCUGGGGAAUACAGCGUGGAGGCAGAGGGCAAGAACUGCGUCUUCGUGCAGGUCAGU